AAAAAAUAAAAAAUCAAGAAUAUCUUUGUAUUUUUUCUCGGCCGUGAAUAAUCUAUUCUUAUAUUAAGCUGCAUGGGAGGUGGUGUCGAGGCUCCACCGGAUGCUUCAAGCAAUCGACUUUUGCGCUGCUGUGUCGACUCUGUGCUUGCAACGGUUGCCCAAUUUGGCCGUGCUGCGGCCUCCUCUUUCUGCUCUCAGCUCAGGCGUGUGUUGCAGGGGUUGAUGGCAUGCAGCUGUGAAUAAAUAAAUAAAAAAUUAAUUAAAUUUUG